CUCAACGGCUGCGUAUACAACUCGGCCACCCAUGCAGCGGGCACUGUUAGGCCAGAUGCAGUAUUCUUUAUCGUCAUAUACGUCGAAUAUGUCUUCGACAAGCUCUUUGGCCUCUUCUCCACCUAGUUCUAUGAAAGACUUCUUAUCGUCACCAAGUCAAAUGACUGAUAAGCAGGGUGACUCUUCUGAUAAUGACAAUGUCUAUGAUUCUGAUUCACGACCAACUCCCAUGAGUAUCGAUAGCCUCCUCAACUAGACAGUGUGUUCUUGUAAUAAAAACGAUAUAGCUCAUACAUCAUUUGCUUACCACUAGUUGUUGUGACCUUAACAAGACAAUGACUU